AUUUAAUAAAUUUAAUUUUGAGUAAAAAUUGUUUAUUUCAAGUGAAUAAGAUAAAAAGUGUUGAAAACUGUUUAAAGAAAAUAAAAUCGAAACACCUUCGAUAAAUUACGAGAACUUUUCAAGCAAAUCGCAAAAUCGAACGCAAUAAAAAAAAUUUCGUUUUAAAUUUCAUCCAUUGAGAAAGAAAAUCAGAGGGCCGCAUAAAACGUCCACUGAAUAAAUAAUAAUCGUUACUUAUGUUUUGCAUGAAAGUGAAAAGAUUUUUCACAAUACUAUCGAUUGCGUUAAGCGAUAUAAAUAACGUUAAUAAUUCGAUUACGUAGCACAUAAUCGGAGCUUCAGAAGCAUCGAAAUCAUUCUAAAAUAAAAUAAAAUAUUUGGUGGGAAAAUCCAAAGAAAACGAGAAUUUAAAUCGUCCAAGAAAUUCAACAAUUGAAGAGCACGCGAUUCGUUUUUGCUGCGAGACAUUUGAACAAGGAAGAAUAAAAUAAAAUUCGACAUUCAACUGAAAGAGGAGCGCCUUAAAUCCAGGGCAAACGAAUCAGAAGAAAAAUAAAAUCAGUAUUAAAAUACAGUCGAAGACGCACGCGUUAUAAUCUAAUCGUCUACAUAUUUGCUCUUUUUUACGUUACGAGGAAAAGUUUACUUCACAGAAACUAUGAAAAUGAAUUCAAUUAUCUACUUGAGCUUAUUUGCCCUGUUGGCAUGCAGCGUGAAUGGUCGUGCAAUUGAUGAGCAACCGGAUAACACAAUUUCUAGCGAUACGGCUUUUGUCGAAGUCAACGAAUGGGUCAAAGUGAAGCCCAUCAAGAUUCGUCCACACACUGACAACACCGUCGAAUUGGAGUGCGACGUGAUUGGUUCACCUCCGCCAAGCAUCCACUGGGUUCGCGGAGACAAGACAAUCGAUAAUUUGGACUUCGAAUCGAAUGCCAUUACCGAAAGUAAUCCAACGUCACGUGCACGUGCUAUUUCACGUUUAAUCAUUGAUCGUUCGGUAGUUGCGGAGAGAACAUUCACUUGUGUCGGACGUGCGGGCGGUAAAACUGCCGUGGAAUCAACAAGCAUUUAUCCAAAUGAAAAUGCCAACCAAGGUGAUUUACUGGCAUCGAAUUCCGGAUCAAAUGGACUUAAAAAAGUGCGCAUUUUAUCGUUCUAUUCGACGAUAUUUGCAUCGAUUGGAAAAACAAUUGUGCUUCCAUGCAAGGCAUCGGGUCGACCAACUGCAGAAAUUUACUGGGUCGAUACUGAGCAAAAUGUAAUUGGUUCACAAAAUCCACGGCAUAAGGUCUUAUCAAACGGUGAUCUUUUAAUUUCACCGCUCAAAUGGUCCGAUAUGGGUCUGUUCCACUGUAUUGCACGCAAUCCACUCUCAAAGGACACGGCUGAAACAUUCGUCUAUCCAUCGAGCGAUUAAAUGGUCCGAUCUAAAUAGACAGUCGUUCCCCAUAAAGUGGACCCAAUGAAAAAGUUGAGAUGAAAUCGAAAACAGGCUAUAA